UCCCGUAGAAGGAUUCUUCUUCUUCUUCUUUUUCUUGUUUGACGGAAGACUUUUGGGAUUCCAAGUCCGAGAUGCCUCGAUCUUUCCUUGUGAAGAGCAAGAAGGCGCACAGUUACCACCAGCCCCGAAGUGUGGAGGACGACUACAGCAGCCUGGAUCGGCUUCUGGCGCACAUCUGCGCAGAGCCAGAAAAGACGGCGGAGGACUCGGACGUGUCCGUGGACAGGCUCGCCUUCUCACCGGAAUCUCAGCUGCUGGACCCCGUGGACUUCUCCCCGAAGUCUCCCCUCAGCUGCGGCGACAGUCUGUGCGGUCGCUCUCCAGAAUAUGACGACUUCUGGAGGCCGCUGUCUCCCUCCGCGUCACCAGCAGACUCGGACAAGUCCAUGUCCCCGGUGGCGGAUGAGAACCAGGCCUUCACAGUGCCUUUCCGGCCAUACGCCUGGAGCAGCUACCCCAGCCCCAGCCUGAGACCUCUGCUGCAGCACAGCCACUAUCCCGGCGUGGACGUGGGUCGUGGCCCCGCGGCCGUGGACUACUAUGGCGACAGGAACGGACACGCGGGCCUCUACUCGGAGGACACGUACCGGAGACACGCGGCCGCCCUGCUGUUCCAGGAGUCGGGCCUUCACCGAGAAACCCACGAAGGGAAGAGCCAGACGGAGCUGAUGUGUUCCAGUCUCAUUCUGAACGGAGCUUACAAGUGUGUCAAGUGCAGCAAGGUAUUUUCAACCCCACAUGGUUUGGAGGUCCACGUCCGAAGAUCCCACAGUGGCACCAGGCCGUUUGCGUGUGAAAUCUGUGGCAAGACAUUCGGCCACGCAGUCAGUCUGGAGCAGCAUAAAGCUGUGCACUCACAGGUGACUGGGCCACCGCCACAACUGGUAGAUGUGAUGGAUUCAAAAGCUGACUGCUGUUUAUUUGCUCCUCAGGAGAGAAGUUUCGACUGCAAAAUAUGCGGCAAAAGCUUCAAGAGGUCAUCGACGCUAUCCACACACCUGCUGAUCCACUCGGACACGCGGCCGUACCCCUGCCAGUACUGCGGGAAGAGGUUCCACCAGAAGUCAGACAUGAAGAAGCACACGUUUAUACACACAGGUGAGAAGCCACACAAAUGUCAAGUGUGUGGGAAAGCGUUCAGCCAGAGCUCCAACCUGAUCACACACAGCAGGAAACACACCGGCUACAAACCUUUCGGCUGUGAACUGUGCGGGAAGGGCUUCCAGAGGAAAGUGGACCUACGGAGACACAAAGAGACGCAACAUGGACUCAAAUGACAGAUCUGAAGAAGUUUUUAUCAGAGGUUGCUGAAGCCUUCACGUGUCGGAAGUGUACCUAAAAAAUGUAUUUAUUAUUUAUUUUCUGAUGAAUAAAGUAACGUUUUGCAGUGUUACGACACUAUAAUAGUCAUUUAACUGUGUAUGCAAAGAUAAGCUUGAGAAAACAUAGACAACGCUUCAGAUCUCUCCGAGCUAUUUUGUUGGCAGUUGGAUGAAGAUGGAGGCAAAACAGAGAUUUA